UGAUAUAGUUAAAUAGUCGUAGACAGAUUGCGGGGCGGCUACGUAGUAUUUGUCUGGCGUACAUUGUACACGAUGUAAAUAUUAACAAGGGAAUAUCUAUUUGUAUACAAAUAGUAUAAUAAUUUUAACUUGUACAGUUGUUAAGUAAAAGUGUACAAUGAAGAAGUACAACUUUUUCUUUAGUGAAGGUAGCAAGGUCAACCAACUGAUAUGUGUUGUUCUUAUAAAUAUCCCGGUGUUUGCGUAUGGCACUACCAUAGGAUGGAUGUCGCCGAUGAGUUUACUGCUGCAGUCGAAGGAUUCACCCAGACAGCCUCCGUUGACUGAUAUUGAGAUAUCAUGGAUAGGAUCUGUUCCGUAUUUAGUCUGCAUGAUGACCGACUUUCUAAUUGGAUACAUAGGGGACAAGAUUGGACGAAAAGUAACAAUGAUUUUUGUGUCCGCCAUGGCUGCUGGUUGCUGGAUAGUAAAACUGUCAUCAACGGAAUUUUGGGCAUUCGUGCUCGCAAGGUGUAUGGUUGGGUUUCCCAUGGCCGGCGCUUACGUCACAUGCCCGCUUUAUACAAAGGAAAUUAGUGAAGAUAGCAUUAGGGGAUCGUUGGGAUCUUUGGUAAUCUUAUUCCAUACGACGGGAAAUCUCUUCAUUUACAUCAUCGGUGAUGUAUUCAGCUAUACCACUGUCCUCUGGAUUUGUCUGGCGUUGCCGACCAUACAUAUUGUACUGUUCAUGAUGAUGCCAGAAUCACCUUCGUACUUGGUGAAAAGAGGAAAGAUACAAGAAGCAGAAAGAGUUCUAGCCUGGCUCCGAUGUAGAGAAGAAGGAGAUAUUAUAAUAAAACAAGAACUAGAAAGAAUUAGACAAGAACUGAAAAAAGAUGAAGAAAGUAGUAAAUUUGUACUUAAAGCUAUAUUGACAGACAAAAUACUAUGUAGAACAUUCCGCAUAGUAAUGGUAAUCUGCCUUGGCAGAGAAAUAUGUGGAGCUGUACCAGUACUCAAUUUUGCUGGGAAUAUAUUUGCAAUGGCAUCUGAGGGGACAGGACUGGUUUUGACUCCAAAUCAACAGGCGAUGGUUUUGGGAGCAGUACAAGUUGCUGGAUCUAGCUUUGCGUCGAGCAUUGUGGAAAGAUCUGGUAGAAAGCCUCUUCUCUUCAUAACAUCACUGGUAUCCGGUCUCAGUAUGUGUACUCUGGCCUCGUGGUUCGUGGCUCGAAAUUUUGGCCUUCUAGCACCAGCGUGGCUGCCAGUAGUGACGUUAUGUGUUUGCAUUUUCUGUGACGCGUCGGGCUUGCAACCAAUAUCUGUUAUUCUUAAUGGUGAAAUGUUUUCGUUUAAGUAUCGAGGCACCGUCAUGGCGGCUACAAUGGCUUCGGCAUCAAUCGUCGCUUUCCUCCAAAUGUUAUUCUUCAAACCGCUGGCCAAUUCCAUGGGUGUGCAUGUGGCAUUUUACUUUUUUGGAAUCAUAUGUUUAAUCGCUGCAGUUUAUGUUAUCCUAGUACUUCCAGAAACAAGAAUGAGAAGUGUUCAAGAGAUACAAAAUAAAUUGAAGACCAAAAAAGAGAAAGAAGAAGAAGAGGGAAGAGUAUUAGAAGAGAAAGGCGUAACUAAAGAGAUUUGUUGAAAUGUACUAGCUUAUUUUGAUUUAGAGAAAAUUUUAUUAUGAAAAUUUAUGAAUUGAUGUCACUUAAUUAUUUAUUAACAGUUAGAGUACUUGUUUUUUAUGUGAAAAAACAUCAGUCUGUGCAACAAAUAAAUUUUUAUAAAAAAUAUAUAUACAGAGGGAGACUUUGUACAAAAGUCGAUUGCUUGGGUACCCCUGUCCCAUUCGUGUUUCUACCGUGAAGCAGCUGUAUUUGCGUGACCUCUAAAAUUAUCAAUGUUUCUCUACUAUAUUAUGCAUGUCAUUAACCUUCCUUUUGAAUUACUCUUAUUAAAAAAAAACGCAUUAAAAUCUGUUGCGUAGUUUUAAAGAUCUAAGCAUACAUCGGGACAGACAGACAGAAAGCGACUUGUAUGCUAUGUAUACGAAGUAUGUUACUAAAAAAUAAAUAUCAAAUAUACAUAG